AUGCCUUCCGCACCAGACUCUGGAAAGCCACCAGGAUCCUCGCGCGGACGCUCCUCCUCCAACGCGUCGCGUCGCGGCUCAUCCUCACGACAGACUCCGAGCCAAGCGUUCCAGGCCCACUACCCGUCCCGGCCGGACCCUCCUAUACGGCAGCCGAGUUACCACGGGCAGUACCAGUCUGCUGCCGCCGCACCUUACUCUCAACGCGCACCAUACGGAGGUGGACAAUACACGAUUUCCCCUCCGCUACCGCCCGUCAGUAUGGUUGGCCAGCCUGCUGCGCCUCAGUACUCCUAUCCAUCUCAUCCAGGCCUUGUCGCUCAGGAUCCAAGCAUGCAGUCACGAGGUCUCUUGGGUUAUUCGCCGAACCCGUUCAUGCCUGCGAUACAGCCGCACACCCCUAUUUACACGUACCCGGGCCAGCAGGAGGCCGCUUCUCCGUCUAGCCAGUCCUAUGUAAGCAGUCCGACGACCACGCCAGGAAUUUACUCGUCCGCUUCUUCAUCGCACGCUCUUUCGGCGACUUCCAGCAGCUCCCAGCAGUCUUACACGACUCCUUCGCCGUACGCUGCACAGUACCCUUCCACACCCUUCACCUACCCGUCGCACUCGUUCGGGAAUUCGGGGAACACACUCUACCAGAGCCAGUUCUCGUAUGGACAGCAGUACCGGCCCCCUAUCCCUGCUGAGCAGGGGCAGGGGACGUGGUGGUAUCUUCCGCCGGGUACACAGCCUGCCCCUUCACCACACUACAUGGUGUAUGACAACCCGUAUCCGGCGAUGGCGAUGUACAACUCACCGCUCACCACUCGCGAAGCCGAGUCGUACAGUAUGCCGCAUUCCGCCCCACCUACAGUCUCUCCAUUCCACUAUCCGAUGUCGCCUCGGCACCAAGCACUGCAGUCUCCAUAUGCGGUUACCACGCCCUCGCAACCGCAGCCACAGCGCCCACCUGGACCCGACCCUCCUCCAUUAGCGGAGCCUUCCUCGCGGUCUGUCUCUGAACCUCCCAACAGUCAGGCGCCUACUUCUUCUGGGACAACGAGUCGCGUCGAUCGACAGCACGCCCGGAGGCCGUACCAUCCGAACCCCCCUGCGCAUCGCUCAGAGUGGGUAAUGUGGGCGGGGAACGUACCUUCGGAUGCGACACACGACGAACUCUGGCGUUUCUACAACAGCUCUCCCUCUCCCGUCCCGUCCAACAGCAGCCAUUCCAACGUCAGCGACACGGCCUCGCUCGGUUCCGUCUACGGAGGUGUUUCGUCGAUCCACCUCAUCUCGCGGAGCAACUGCGCUUUCGUGAACUUUGAGAGCGAGGGCCACCUGAGUGCUGCCAUCGCGCACUUCAACGGCCUGUCUCUUCGUCCGAACGAUCCGAGAUGUCCCAGAUUAGUCUGCCGAGUGCGAGCUCGGGAGGACGACUUGCGGGCAGGGGUCGGCGGGCAGAGGGGUGCAGGUAUCCAUGUGCGAUACGCCAAAGAGCAGAGGCAGAGACAGAGGCAAUCUAGAGUCGCGGCGAGCCCCGGGGCAAUCUCAUCGGAGCCGCCGUUGAGCUCACCCGAGGAUCCAAUGCCGAUGAUUAGCAGCUUGUCGUUGUCAAGCAACGAGGAUGGACUCUAUGUGCGCAGAUCCAAGAGACCUGCACAACACUCGAGCAGCUCAGGGUCGUACGCGUCGUCAAACUCAAGCUUGUUCUCGCAGUUCUUCCCGAAGAGGUACUUCAUCCUCAAGUCGCUGACCCAGUACGAUUUGGAUCUCAGCGUCGAGAAGGGUCUAUGGGCGACACAGCGGCACAACGAAGGCAUCCUCGACCAGGCCUAUCGCACCAGCAAGGACGUGUAUCUCAUCUUCGGGGUGAAUAAGUCCGGCGAGUUCUAUGGCUGUGCCAGAAUGGCUGGCCCUGUCCUGCGCCUUCAGGGCGAGCGGCAGGAAGGACAAAAUGUCCCUUGGGCGUCAAGGCCGCUUGCCGGUUCUCCGUCUCGACGUGCGACCACCCCAGCCGCGUCAGUGACGAGCCCGUCUGCCUCACAACGUUACUUUUCGCCUGCUGACGGCGACCGCUAUGAACAAUCACCGCUCCCUCUCGACACCCCAGACGCCGAUCGACCACUGCUGGAGCUGUCAUCUCAUACGGCUCCUGCGGUAAUGCACGCCAAACAUCGCCCACUAAGCAAACUCUCCGCAGGUCUUCCCCGUCAUGGCGACCUGAGCUAUAAUGCAGGCAUUGCGAAGGCUAUUUUAGGAGAGCAGCCGAUGACUGGACGUUCUGAGUCUGAGCCUGCGACCAGCGCUCUCGAAGACCCACCUUCGGAAGCGCCGGAGGCUGCUGAUGAAGCGAAGGAUGAGGGCCCAGUCUGGGGCGAGUCUUUCCAGGUCGAGUGGAUUCGUACCGACAGCCUGCCUUUCUAUCGGACUCGCCACCUUCGGAACCCUUGGAACCACGACCGGGAAGUGAAGGUGUCGCGCGACGGCACGGAGUUGGAGCCGUCUGUCGGACAAGCCCUCCUGGACGAGUGGGACAAGCCCGACCCGCCGCCGCCGCCGCGGCAGACAGCGCAGCACGCGCCGGACGCCACGCCAUCGACGCCGGCGUAG